AUGGCGGCGGCGGGAGCCGAGGCGGCUGCGGUGGCGGCAGAGGAGGAGAAACGGCUGCCGGAGGGCGACCCCGAGUCGGGAGGAGACUCGGAGGAUGAGGGCGAUUCAGACUCGUCUGGUGAUGGCGAAGAUGAAGAGAAAGAGAAUGAGGCUGAGAUCCAGCGGCUGGAGGAGCAGCUCUCCAUCAAUGCUUUUGACUAUAACUGUCACCUGGAUCUGAUCAAGCUGCUGCGCCAGGAGGGAGAGCUGAUCAAGCUCAGAAGAGCUCGUCAGAAGAUGAGUGAGCUCUUCCCCCUUACUGAAGAAAUUUGGCUGGACUGGUUGAAGGAUGAGAUAAAAAUGGCUUCUGAAAGCUCUGAGAGAGAGAAAGUGUAUGAGCUGUUUGAGAGAGCUGUCAAAGACUACAUCUGUCCUGAGAUUUGGCUGGAAUAUGCCCAGUAUUCCAUUGGUGGCAUUGGGCAGGAAGGAGGAAUCGAGAAGGUGCGCUCCGUGUUCGAGAGAGCCCUCACGGCGGUGGGGCUGCACGUGACCAAGGGCACAGCUCUCUGGGAGGCUUACAGGGAGUUUGAGAAUGCCAUACUGGAGACAGCACAGCCAGCCCCUGGCAGCAUUCCAUCUCCUGAGCAGCAGCAGAUGCUCUGCAGCCAGCUUGAGAAGAUCCACACGUUGUUCAGGCGCCAGCUGGGGAUCCCACUGCUAGAUAUGGAGGCUUCCUAUGCUGAGUAUGAGGAGUGGUCAGAAGAACCAAUACCAGAAGCAACAAUAAAGAAUUACAAAAAAGCUUUACAGCAACUGGAGAAGUACAAACCAUAUGAAGAGGCACUGCUGGGUGCUGAAACACCCAAGCUAGCAGAAUAUCAAGCUUACAUUGAUUUUGAGAUGAAAGCAGGUGAUCCAGCUCGUAUUCAGCUGAUCUAUGAGAGAGCUUUGGCUGAGAACUGCCUUGUUCCAGAUCUUUGGGCACGCUACAAUCAGUAUUUGGACCGACAGCUGAAAGUGAAAGAGUUGGUCCUGUCUGCUCAUGACCGUGCUGUUAGGAACUGUCCCUGGACCGUUGGGCUGUGGAUUCGAUACCUCUUGGCCAUGGAGAGGCAUAGAGUUGAUCACAGCAUUAUUUCUGAAAUGUUUGAAAAAGCUCUGAAUGCAGGCUUUAUUCAGGCAACAGACUACGUAGAAAUCUGGCAAGCUUAUCUUGAUUACCUGAGAAGAAGGGUGGAUUUUACACAAGACUCAAGUAAAGAACUGGAAGAGCUGCGGUCUGCAUUCACUCGAGCUGUGGAGUACUUGAAACAAGAAGUUGAAGAGAGAUUCAGUGAGAGUGGAGAUCCAUCCUGCACCAUCAUGCAGAACUGGGCAAGAGUUGAGGCCCGCUUGUGUAACAACAUGCAGAAGGCCAGAGAGCUCUGGGACAACAUCAUGACGAAAGGGAAUGCCAAGUAUGCAAACAUGUGGCUGGAGUAUUACAACCUGGAAAGAGCUCAUGGGGACACUCAGCACUGCAGGAAGGCCUUGCACCGAGCGGUGCAGUGCACCAGUGACUACCCAGAGCACGUCUGCGAGGUGCUGCUGACACUGGAGAGGAUAGAAGGAACAUUGGAAGACUGGGAUGCAGCAGUUCAAAAAACAGAAAACAGAUUAGCUCGAGUGAAUGAACAAAGAGCAAAGGCUGCUGAGAAAGAAGCUGCCCUGGCAAAGCAGGAGGAGGAGAAAGCUGAGCAACGAAAGCAGGCUCGGGCAGAAAAAAAAGCUUCCAAAAAGGCUAAAAAAACCAAGAUCGGCGACAAGCGCAAAGCAGACGAUGAUGAUGAGGGGGAGUGGGGACAAGAAGAAGAUGAGGAACAGCCCAGCAAGAAACACAAAGUAGAUGGUGAUGGUCUACUUCUGGAAGAAGACAUGGAGGUGGAAACUGGCUUGUUUGGAAGAAGUGGAGCUGACAAGCCAGAUCACCCAGCAAACCAAAAGGAGAAGGCAUCAACCAGCCGAAAAGACAUCCCCAAAGUUCUGCAUGACAGCAGUAAAGAUAAUGUCACUGUCUUUGUCAGCAACCUGUCCUACACCUUGGCAAAUCCUGAGGUGAAACUGAAAGAGCUCUUUGAGAGCUGUGGGGAGGUGACAGAGAUCCGUCCAGUGUUCAGCAACAAAGGCACUUUCCGGGGCUACUGCUACGUAGAGUUCAAGGAAGAGAAGUCUGCUCUCCAGGCUCUUGGCUUGGAUCGUCAGGUUGUGGAGGGAAGGCCAAUGUUUGUUUCUCCAUGUGUUGACAAGAACAAGAAUCCAGACUUUAAGGUCUUCAGGUAUAGCACUACCCUGGAGAAGCACAAACUCUUUAUCUCGGGUUUGCCGUUUUCCUGCACUAAGGAAGAGCUGGAAGAGCUGUGCAAAGCUCAUGGGAACGUCAAAGACAUUCGUCUGGUCACCAACAGAGCUGGAAAACCCAAGGGCCUGGCCUAUGUGGAAUACGAAAGUGAAGCUCAGGCCUCCCAGGCUGUGCUGAAGAUGGAUGGGCUGACAGUGAAGGAACACGUCAUCAAGGUGGCCAUCAGCAACCCCCCGCUCCGCAGGCUGCCCGACAAGCCCGAGGCAGGCAAAGCUCCGCAGUUCGCGGUGCCCCGACCCGUUUAUGGAGCGAGAGGGAAGGGAAGGACGCAGCUUUCCAUGAUGCCUCGCGCGCUACAACGCCAGAGUCAUCCCGUGGCUAAAGCAGAGAACGGGAUGGUCCAGAACUCACCAGCAACUUCAUCCAAACCCCCUGAGGAGCCUAAAAAGAUGUCCAACGCGGAUUUUGCCAAGAUGCUACUGAAAAAAUGAGCAAAAGACCCAGGGGGAAGAAAAGCCUGCGAUCAGCAAGUCUGGUACAAUGUGAAAUGCCUUUCUGGAAGCCAUGUUGUGUCCUUAACGCUAGCACGGAGAGAACGCCGGUCGCAGUCGUGUGUAAAUACAGCUCUGGACUGCUGCAUUCAUCAGGAUCAGUGUAGGAUGGUACAAACCCAGGUGUUUGGUUGGUUUGGGUUUUUGUUGGGUUUUUUUUGUUUGUUUUUUUCCUCUAAGAGCAAAGUGUUACACUAUGUUCUGGUAAAAUGGCAUUUUAUGAUUCCUCAUAUUGAGGGUAACAAGGGGGGGAAACUAUUUCCUGCACAGGUUGGGCACCACGUUGUGUUUUCUGAGUGCUCUACAAUUAUUUCUCUUUCAUUAACGACUGAGAUGGGAUGUGAAAGCCUUGGGAGAUAACCUUGUCAAGCUUCACUGGUCAGUUCAGCUUCUGAUUGCAGUCAUUCUCUUUGAGAGCAAACCCAUUUUCCACUCAAACACACCCAGCCAGGGACAUCCAUCUCCUUCCAGUUCCCAGUGAAAUGGCAAUGCCAGUACCUUCACCACAAUGGCCUAUUUUAGUAUUGGGAGAGUUUCUAUACAUAUGUGUGUAUAUGUAUAUACAUAGAUAUGUAUUCACUUGAUGUUCCAUUGGAAUUUAACCUGCUUUUUAUAUUGUGUAUUUGUACAAGACAUUCAAAUUUAUUAAGUGUUGAAAUACUUAGACCUGGGCAUUUCUGUUCCCCAUAAGCUCUACGUGCUCUUGCUGAGGACCAUUUUUGUUUUUUGAGGGUUGUUUGGGGUUGUUUUGGGGUUUGUUUGUUUUUUUUCUUUUUUGGCUAGCUAGCUCACAUGUCUUUUUGCAGGUGGUUUCUUUAUGGUUUUGUACAAAUGUGAAGU